AUGCAAAUCACAGCAGUGCACAAGUACCUGUGCCUUGUGAUCUGGGUUCUACAAAUACAUUUUUUAGGAGCCCAAAUUGUCCAGAGAGUAACCCCAAAACUUGGUAGUACGAAUGGAGCAACACGGCUGACCAUUGAGGGAAAUGGUUUUGCUCAGCAGAGUCAGUUCAGUUUUGAUUCCAGCAACCCAGACAUCGGCAACACUGUGACUUUGGUGUCCACCACCAGAUCAUUUCCAUGUGAUGUAGAGAAAGAUGCCACACUUUCUACCAAAAUCACAUGCUAUACUAGAUCAAUGCCACAAGAUGACUACAUGCUUGUUGUCAAAGUGGAUGGUGUUCCUAUUCCUACUAAGGGAAUGUGCAAUGGAAACCCAUGGAAUUAUUGGUGUAUGUUUUAUACUCGUUGGUACAGAACACCUUCUAUCCAAUACAUCACCCCACUAACUGGUCUUCCAGGUUCUGUAGUUACUUUGCGUGGGAGAAUUUUUACUGAUGUCUACGGCAGCAACACAGCAACAAGCUCCAAUGGGCAGAAUGUAAGAUUUCUAAGAGCAUAUAUGGGUGGAAUGCCAUGUAAUCUUUUGAGACCUAACUCAGACACGCUGUAUGGCUUGACUUUGGAUUCUAACACCAGUGACUGGGGAUACAUGAGCUGUAAAGUAACUGGAACAUAUGUGGGACAUCACAACCUCAGUUACAUUCUUGAUAGUGAAUAUGGAAGGAGCUUGCCAGACUUUGGGGUCUACCAUGUGUCAGCAUUGAAUAAACUUUCAAUGUUUCAAACAUAUGCAGAGGUUACUGGAGUGUACCCUUCCACGGGUAGUAUGCUGGGAGGCACUUUGCUCACAAUUCAGGGGAACUAUUUUGAUCAGACAGACAGUCCGGUGAUGGUUUUAGUGGGAGGUUCGGAGUGCAGUGUACAGAAUGUAACGGAUGAGACAAUAGUCUGUGCAACACCAAAGUAUGAAUGGAAUAACAUGACAGUGUUUCCAGGUGGCAGGGGGUUAAAAAUGGAGAUGUGGAAUAAAAGUAUACCCCAGCGUUUAGAAGACGUUCUUUACUAUAACUCUAGUCGUCCAGGAUACUCGGUCCAGUGGGUGGACUCUUUGUCCUAUGUCUGGCCCUUAGAAUUGGACUAUUUUGUGGCUCGAUUCAGUGGCUUUUUUGUUCCCAUGGAGACUGACAACUACUAUUUUAUAGUUAAAGCAGAUGACCGAGCUCAGCUGUAUUUCAGUAAAACUGGCAAGCCAGAAGAUAAGGUCCUGAUCGCAUAUAAUGCACAGUGGGCCACUGAUUUCUUCCGUAGUCCAACUCAGAGAUCUGCGGUCAUGAGGCUGGAGAGCGGAAAGCCAUAUUACAUUGAGGUCCUGUGUCAAGAGUAUGGAGGUGUUGCCUCUGUUGAUGUGGGAUUUUACAAAGAGACAAGCCCUUUUACUCCUCAGCAGACAAUAGAUGCUGUUAAUGAGAUACAAGUUAUAAAUGCCAGUUACAAUGUGCUAAAUGAGAUUCAGAUGAUUGCUUUUAAGGGCUGGAGUGUGGUUACGCCAGUCCAGGAGGUGCAAAUACUGUCUAUAAGCAGUGGCUGCUUUUCUUUGAACACCUGUGACUUUACCUACUAUAGUCUGGCCUACAGAGAGGACAGAACAGGGCCAAUCCCUGUCAGUGCACCUGCUCAGGUGUUACAGGAUGAACUGAAUGCUCUUUGGUCCAUUAAACCAGACACAGUAAUUGUCACAAAGCAGCAGCUGGACAAACAGUCACAAUACACCAUCACGUUCAAUUCUAGCAGAGGUGACUUUCAGGACCUUCAAUACUGGACAAAUGAAGUAGAUGUAAAUAUUACCAUUAUAGAGAACACUAAAGGAAAAGCAGAUUUAAAAAACUUCACUUUGAUGUGGGGAGGAAUCUCGUCCAGCCCUUUGUCAUACAAUGCAUCUGAGACUGAGGUGACUGCUGCACUGGUGGCCAUGACGUCUGCUGAUUGUCCCAGCGAGCUGUUAAAUGUGGAAAAUUCAGCUGUUAAAUAUUUUAGAGACUAUGAAACAAAUAUAACAGGGUUUACUGGUGAUGUAAGUAUGCGAGGGACAAGGGUGUCUGACACUGAGGCCUUCUGUGGAUCCUGGUCUCUGAUGAACCCAACUGUUCUGUUUAAAUCGGAUGAUGUGUCUGUGUCUGGAGCAACGUAUGGGCCUGUGUCACUUCAGAAAUAUCCUACACUUUGCUUUGCAUACAAAGGUUACCCAAAGAAAGGACUGGAAUUGGUGUUUACAUACUUAAAGAGUUUAGGAGUUGUCCAAGUUACUACUGUAAUUCCAGUAUUGUUCGAACAGGGGGAUGUAUGGAAAUAUAUGUGUGUGGAGCUUUUAUCCAGUCUGCAAAUAAACUACCCUGGAAGUAACUAUCAACUUCUUGAAGUACAUCUAUAUAAAGACGCAGCAGAUUACUAUAUAGACACAAUUCAGCUUGGGAAAACAGCCACCGUGAGUGGCACAAAUGCUGUUAUUAUGAAGAGAAGACCUCCUGCUCUAUCCGAUUCUGGUCGAUUUCUUAAGAGGUUCUCAGUGCAGAAGCUGAUUAAUUCAUCUGAUGUCAGCUACAAGAUUACUGCCUCUCCUUAUAAUUGUGCCUUUGACUUUCCACUGCUACAGAUUGGCUUCCUGCAGGAAAUAUAUACUAGUAAGGACAUGCUAGUGCUGGCCCAGGACACUGCCACUGCCACUGUGACACGUUUGCAAAGAGCCAGUCCACCACUGAGUGGAACCUUCAGUGUGGAAAUCUUUGGCCAGAUAGUGAAAGAUCUGCCUGUGAGCAUCAGUGCAGAUGACCUGAAAUAUGCUCUGCAAGGCAUUCCAGAUCUGGGCCUUCUGAGUGUUAAUAGUACAGCAGACUGUAAAGGAUACCUCUGGGAAAUUCAAUGGCUUACAUUACCAGGAAAUCAACCUCUACUGCAGAUCGAUGACUCUGGUGUAGUAGGUGUUAACGCUUCUGUGAAAGCACAGGUUAAGCAACAAGGAGGCCUUUUGAAGCAAAGCAUCAUGGGAGAUUUCCUGCGUGUGCCUACAAAUAAAACGCAGGUACAAGUUUUUAUCAAUGGCAUCCCAUCAAUGUGUUCAGGUGAUUGUGGGUUUACAUGGACUCAAUCUGAGACCCCAAUUGUAACAAACAUCGAUCCAGUGCAAGGAGCUAGUGCUUCAGGAACUGUUCUUACCAUCCAAGGAUUAGGAUUUGCUAAAAAUGCUACAGUACAGAUCGGAAAUACCCAAUGCUUAGUUCUUCAAGUUACAAAUACAUCAGUGACAUGUAGUGUAGGCCCUCAAAGUGCUGGAUUAUACCCAGUCACUGUGAAUUUUCCUACAUUGGGUAAUGCUGGUUAUAUUGGUGGCAACAUCUUCAACUUCACCUACCAAAUGGGGGUGACCUCCAUAGCACCCACUGCAGGGAGUGUUACUGGGGGCACAAUUCUGACUAUUUAUGGAUAUGGAUUCAGCCAGGACACUACAGCUGCUAUUGGGGGUGUAAAGUGUGUCAUAAUUGAUGUGAAUCUCUCCCAGCUCUUAUGCAGGGUUCCAGCUGGAUCAGCAGAAACAAAAGCAGUGACUCUGACAAUGGGAAAUAUUCAGGUCACAUCUCCAUACUCUUUCACAUAUGACACCAACCUGAUGGCUACAAUUACUGGACUGAGCCCACAAACAACAACGGUGUUUGGGAACAGGGUUCUUACCAUCAUUGGUUCAAACUUUGGUGACCAGAUCCAAGGCUGCUCAAUCCUCGUUGGUGGUGUAGUGUGUGAGUUGCAGCAAUGGUCCAGUACUAUAAUUACCUGCCUGUUACCCACACUUCCCCCUGGGCUGUAUGAUAUCAACAUUAUAGUGGGGAACCAGGGCUAUCCUCUAAUCAGUUCUGGUGUGAACACCACCAUAGAGUACAUCUUACGUGUUACAAGCAUCUCUCCACAGUACGGCUCUCUGUACGGAGGAACCACAGUAACCAUUACAGGUUCUGGAUUCAGCCCUGUUCUCAAAGACAAUGAAGUUACACUAGGUGACACACUCUGUAGUGUGACUGCUGCUUCAAAUAAUCAGCUGCAGUGUGUGACCCAAACAAAGAAGCAAACAUAUACCAUCACAAACCAAGGCAUUAACCCAAUCUAUGGUCAGGGUUAUUCAUGGAGCCCAGCUACAGUGAUAGUAUCUGUUGGGGAUACAGUUGUCUGGAGUUGGCAGGCUCCAGCCUUUGUUCAAAGCCUGGGCUACAGAGUGUUCAGCGUCGACAGUCCCAGCAGCACCCAGUUUGAUGGAGUGACCUUCAACAGUGGAAAUUCCAAAACAGCCACUGGAUUCUUCAGUUAUUGUUUUACAGCUCCUGGGGUGUAUUAUUACAGCAGUGGCUAUAUCGACUCAGCAAACCAGAAUAGCAUGCAAGGAGCAGUGAUUGUCAGGCCCCUAGAGGAGAAAAAUACUGAGCCAAACAUUACCGUAGCAGGGUUUCAGGCUGUAUGGUAUCAAGGUUCAACACGUCAGAGCAGGUCAGCGCUUGACUGUGUGGCCUAUCCUGAAUGCUCUGACGCUAAUGCAACCUUCAACAGCCAGUCCUUCAGCUUCUCCAGCUGUUCCAGCCCAACUGUCAAUUAUAUCUCACCUGAUCAUGGCACUUAUCAUGACCCCAUCAUCAUCUAUGGGUCUGGCUUUAGCAAUAUCACCUGUGCCAAUAAGGUAAUGAUUGGAAACACUUCAUGUCAAGUUAUCAACAGCACAUCCACCAGCAUUCAGUGCCUCCUCAGCCCUGACACCGGUGCACCCGUGGGCAUCCUUUUGCCUGUCCAAGUCUACAUCAACAAUCUGGGCACUGCCCUGCUCACAAUGCCAAGUGAAUCUGCUCGACGUUUUGCAGUUAUGCCUGUGUUGGACUCAGUCUCACCAUCAGUGGGCAGCACAACUGGUUAUACACGCCUCCUUCUCUCUGGCUCUGGUCUCACUGCAGGCACAGUCAUAGUGGCUGGGUAUCCAUGUAUCACAGUCUUCAGCAAUUACACUCACAUCAUAUGUGACACAUCUCCAUCCCCACCUCAAACAGGAAAUGUUGCUGUUCAAGUUGGUGGAAUCUCUUCUCUCUGCAGCACUGACUGUUCAUUUAUUUAUUCCACCUCCCUGGUUCCAACAGUUUCUUCAAUUUCCCCAAGCUCUGUUAGUGGAAAUCAAACAACUGUCUUGGUAUCUGGAAGUGGCUUUGGCAGCAAUCUUAAAGAUCUCAUGGUGUAUGCAGACAAUUUUAUUUUGGAGGUUAGCAAUGUAACCGACAGUAACCUCACACUGCUGGUCGGCCCUCUGCCCGCAGGACCUCACACCCUGAGGGUGGUUGUCAUGAGUAAAGGGCUAGCAUCUGGAAAUGUCAAACUUACCAGCCUGGCACUGGCCAGCCUACAGCCCAGCUCAGGCAGUCUAGCAGGAGGAACACUGCUAACAAUCACAGGCAAUGGAUUUGUAACAGGAAAUACAAGCGUCAUGCUGGGGUCAUACCCAUGCACCAUAGUGACUCUAACUCCUGCCAUGGUCACUUGUUUGACCCAUUCCUUUAAAGAAACACAGGUGCAAGUCAAUAUUAAGGUGUUUGGAGUAAAUUACCCACCACUAAGCUUUAACUAUACUCAGAGUCAAACUCCAAAUAUCACCACUGUUAGCCCUACAACAGGUCCCAGUGGAACAACAAUCACAGUCUCAGGUUCUGGUUUUGGCUUGGACAUUGGUCUGGUUUCUGUGCUAAUAGCUGGUGCGGCAUGUAAUAUAUCAUCAAUUACGGACACAACCAUACAGUGCACUGUGGGUGAACAUGCAGGAGGAACGUUUCCAGUCACACUGUAUCAUCAGGUUAAAGGUUAUGCUCUGACUCAGGCUAACUUCACCUACGAGCUGCAACUGAUGCAAAUUGUGCCAAAUGAAGGAAGCUAUGGUGGAGGUGCAUUAGUAGAAGUCCAAGGCUCUGGGUUUGACCCUAACUCCUCUAAAGUUCUCAUCUGUAAUACAGAAUGCGGUGUCAACCGAAAUUCAUCAAGUUCUACAAAUUUGUACUGCAAUGUUCCAGCCAACAAUGGAACUCAAGCGGAGCUGUCAUGCACAGUGAUAGUUCUGAAUAGCCAUGGCUCAGCCAGCAUUACAAAUGGCUUCACAUACAAAACCAGCCUGACACCUGUCAUUAUGGACGUGUCGCCUCGAAGAGGAGGAACAGCCGGAGGCACUUUGCUUACAGUCACUGGCUACGGUUUUAGUGGAGGAAAUGUUAACGUGACAAUCGCAGGGUCGGUAUGUGAUAUCAGGUCCACCACUGAAACACAGGUCAUCUGUGUGACCAAUGCCCAGCCCAUAUCCCAGCAGACCAAGGUCUUACUGAUGAUUGGAAACAGAGGAAACGCCAAGACGGAUAAUGCUGACUUCUUUUACAUUGAUGUGUGGUCAUCUCGGUACACAUGGGGAGGAGAGUCACCCCCUGAAGAGGGCACAUUUGCAGUGAUCACUAAAGGACAGACUAUACUCCUGGAUGUCAGCACACCAGUGUUGAAGAUGCUCCUCAUCCAAGGUGGAACGUUGAUCUUUGACGAAGCGGACAUUGAGCUGCAGGCAGAGAACAUUCUCAUCACAGAUGGUGGAGUUCUUCAGAUUGGAACAGAAGACAAACCAUUCCAGCACAAGGCCAUCAUCACACUGCAUGGCCACAUUCGAGCUCCAGAACUCCCGAUGUAUGGAGCUAAAACCCUGGGGAUCAGAGAGGGAGUGCUGGACUUACAUGGUAUCCCUAUCCCUAUCACCUGGACCCGCCUUGCCCAAACUGCUAACAGUGGUUCUAGUACUCUCAUUUUGAUGGAUGCAGUUACCUGGAAUGUCGGAGAUGAAAUUGUCAUUGCAUCAACAGGUGACAGGCUUAGCCAGGGACAGAAUGAAGUGAAAAAAAUUGCAUCUGUGUCACCUGAUGGCCUAACCUUAACUCUGACCGAUCCACUAAACUACAACCACCUUGGACUAAAUAUCACGUUACCUAAUGGCGCUGUGUUUGAGGCAAGGGCUGAAGUUGGCGUUCUAACAAGGAACAUAGUUGUUCGUGGAGCUAUUAACACAGAAUGGAGCGAUAAAAUCCAGGCAUGUCCAAAUGGGUUUGACCCAGGUGAGUUUGCCACCCAGACUUGUUUUCAAGGAAGAUUUGGGGAAGAAAUUGGAAGUGACCAGUUUGGUGGCUGCAUUAUGUUCCAUGCACCUCAGCCUGGGAAAAAUCUGGCUAUAGGAAGAAUUGAAUAUGUUGAGAUAUUCAAUGCUGGACAGGCAUAUCGUCUUGGUCGCUACCCCAUCCACUGGCAUCUGAUGGGAGACAUUAACUUUAAGUCUUACGUUCGUGGCUGUGCCAUCCACCAGACCUACAACCGUGCAGUUACCAUUCAUAACACACACAGAUUGCUGGUGGAGCAUAAUGUUAUUUACAAUAUCAUGGGAGGAGCCUUCUUUAUUGAGGAUGGCAUAGAGACUGGUAAUGUUUUGCAGUACAAUUUGGCUGUGUUCGUUCGUCAGAGCACCAGCCUAUUAAAUGAUGAUGUGACACCAGCUGGCUACUGGGUCACAAAUCCUAAUAAUACCAUCAGACACAAUGCAGCCACUGGAGGAACACACUUUGGCUUUUGGUACCGGAUGCAUGACCAUCCAGAUGGCCCGUCUUAUGACGGCAAUAUCUGUCAGAAGAUGGUGCGUUUGGGUGAGUUUUAUAACAAUACAGCCCACUCACAAGGCUGGUUUGGGCUGUGGAUAUUCCAGGACUUUUUCCCCACAAGGGAUGGAACAUGUAGCUCGACUAUACCACAGCCAGCUGUGUUCCGCAAAUUCACAUCUUGGAAUAACCAGAAAGGAGCAGAGUGGGUGAAUGUAGGAGCAGUGCAAUUCAAUGACUUUCUUAUGGUAAAUAAUGAGGUGGCAGGAGUGGAGACCAAGCGUAUCAUCCAGCAAUAUGUGAGUGGAUGGGGAGUAGACAAAGGUGCAGGAAUUCUGAAUAGCACCAUAGUGGGUCAUGUAGAUGAACUUGGCCUGGGUGAAAACUACUGUACCAGCCAUGGUAUUGUCCUGCCCCUAGACGAUGGCAUGAGUGUCGUCAAUACAACAUUUAUUAACUUUGACCGACCGAGUUGUGCUGUAAUUGGGGUGACCACUAUACAAGGAACCAGUGGCAACUUUUCUGGUGGCUGGACUGUCAAAUUCAGUGGAAUUAAUUAUUAUCAGUCACCCAACAAGGCUACCUUCAGAUGGGAACAUGAAAUCGUUCUGAUGGAUCUUGAUGGAUCACUGACAGGCAAUCCUAACUACAAGGUUGUGCCUAAGAGUAAUCUGCUUGACCCACUUCACUGUUCUGACAAUGCUUCAUGGAGCAUAGGCUUCCCUGGUACAGUGUGUGAUAACACCAUAAGCUUCCACCGACUGGGAAUUAAUUCUUCAUUACCCUCCUCACUUUUGUUCAAGGAUCUCAUACUCACCAAUACAUAUGGAUCAAGCAUUGUUCCUUUUGCUGAUAAAUUGAUUACCCAUCGUGCUGGUUGGAUGGCUCUGCUACCGUCUAACCAAAUGUACAACUGGUACUUUCGCAAUGCUUUGCAAAUUAGCAACAUCUCGUAUAGUGCAGUGUUCUAUGGAUUUCAGCCUCAAGAUUAUGUGAUUGUAAAUCACAAUCUGACUCAGAGUCCUGACUGGGUGUCUGUGGUGGACAACAGAAAUCGUUCAGCAAAUCCUCUAAAUUCUAGUGUGAAUAUAAAUGGAGACUGGUACAUGGACAAAUCAUCCAAUAACCUCUACUAUAUUGUGUCUGGCAAAACAAGUGCUUCUAAAAGAAGGCGAAGAAAUAGUGUGGAUAGAUCGACCACAGACUUUCCAGUAGCAUUCAAAGUUUACAAUUGCUUCUUCCUGAAUUGCGCACCACCAUCAGUCAAUGCCACUCUCCUGCCUAGCCGCCGACCUGCCAACUACAUUGCUUGGUCCAAUCAGUCAUUUUGGCAGUCAUCUUCAGAGAACAACUUCACAGUACCACAAGCAGGCGCCAAUGUUAUCAUUCCUGCAGGCAAAUGGGUUGUUUUAGACACCCCUAUUCCACCCUUAAACAACCUCACUGUAAUGGGAGCCUUGGAAAUUCCAGACAACAUGAACAAUACGUCUAACCGCACCAACAGCAGUCUUCCACAGAAUAGCAUUGUCCUCAAUGCUACCUACAUUUCUAUCCUGGGAGGGCACUUGAUUGCUGGAUGGCCUGACCAGCCAUUUAGUGGACAACUGCAAAUCAUUCUUAGGGGAAAUCAACACACACCUGAAUGGCCUCUACCUGACGGACAAAAUCAAGGAUCUAAAGUGCUGGGUGUGUUUGGCUCUCUUGAUCUCUAUGGGAUGCCACACAGAGUUUAUCACACAAAACUGGCCACUACUGCUUGGGCUGGUUCCAAUGCUCUCUCGCUUCAGGACCCUGUGGACUGGAAGGCAGGGGAUGAAAUCGUGUUGUCCACCACCAGUUAUGACCCAUGGCAGACAGAGACACGCACUAUAUUAGCGGUCUCCAACAAUGGCUUUACAUUGAUUUUGGAUCAGCCACUCAGUUACUCACACAUUGCGGAGAACUACACAGCGCCAGGAACAUCCAACAGCUACAGCCUGGCUGGUGAUGUAGGUCUGCUGAGCAGGAACAUUAAGAUCAUUGGGGGAGAUUACCCAGACCUUUACACAGAGUCAUUUGGAGCCAGAGUGUUAGUAGGAUCCUUCUCCGCUGGAGGAAUCGACUACAAAGGAAAGGCCCAGAUUAGGAAUGUGGAGUUUUUCCACACUGGUCAGGAUGGAUGGCCUGACAACACUGAUCCUCGUUACUCAGUGGCUUUCCUCAACCUGGGAAUGGUGGGCCAGAACGAUUCUUACCUUCAAGGGUGUGCAUUUCAUCAUGGCUUUUCUCCUGCUAUUGGAAUCUUUGGAACAGAUGGACUGAGUGUUGAUGACAAUGUCAUUCAUCACACUGUAGGAGAAGGUAUCAGGGUGUGGGGCAAUAACAUCACUGUCCGGAGGAAUUUGGUUAUGCUUACCCUCUGGCCAGGAUCAUACAAUGGAAGACAAGAGGCCGCAAAUACCAACUGGCCUGCAGCUAUUGAGGCUAACAUGGGAGCUAAUGUAGUUCUUCAGGGCAACAUUGUUGCUGGUUAUGAAAGAGUGGGAAUUAGAAUCAAUGGAGAACCAUGUCCAGGAUCUUUGAAUCCAGUGGCCUCAUGGCAGCAGAACGAGGCUCAUGGUGGACUGUUUGGAGUGUACAUGAAUAAAGAUGGACUCUCUGGCUGUUCGCAAAUUCAGGGAUUUACUGUUUGGAGGAGUUUUGAUUAUGGCAUUUACUUCCAGGUGUACAUGAGUAUCGUGGUUUCUAAUGUGACCCUUGUUGACAAUGGUAUGGGGAUUAUGCCAUUAAUUUAUGAGCCCCCAUCAGUCACUCAUGAAUAUUCAAACAAAACUGUCAAAGUAAAGAAUUCUUUAAUUGUUGGCAGUAGCCCCAACUUCAACUGCAGUGACACUCUGUCUACGAAGGAACCCAACCUUGCUCUGAGUGCAACACACAGGGCACCUCGACCUCUUAAUGGUGGCAGGUCUGGAAUAUCUUGGCCAACAUUUGAAUCUCAACACAAUAAUGCUCCAAUGAAACCGCAUGGUGGACUCAUGAGCUACAACACAAUUAGUGGAUUCUUGACUGUCACAAAUACCACAUUUGUUGGGUUUAGGAACGUGUGCUCUGGUGAAACAAAUUACAUGUUUAUGACUGAUCCAGGAAAUGAGGACCUGCAACACCCUAUCAGUGUUCAGGGGAUUGUUAAGAGUAACAGCACAGAGGAGGCUCAAGUCUUCAUUCAUCAUCCAGAUCUGGGCAAAGUUAACCCAUCUGACUGUGUGGAUAUGGACUGUGACGCUAAGAAGAAGAGCAUGAUAAAGGACAUGGAUGGUAGUUUCCUGGGAGCCGUAGGGACAGUCAUUCCCUUUUCUGAGUACCAGUGGAAUGGGGAUCCCCGACAUGGUGUGGGAGACUACCGCAUCCCCAUAGUCAUGCUUACCUACCUCAAUGGAAGCCGUAUUCCUGUGGCUAACAUAGCCCCAAACAAAGGUGUGAUCCGGGACUCAACCUGCACAUUUAUGAGCACCUGGCAGGCCUACAAGUGCUUUGGGAUGAACUACAGGAUGCUGGUGAUCGAAAGUUUGGAUUCAGACACUGAAACCCGACGUCUGUCCCCUGUAGCUGUGCUAGGAGAUGGCUAUGUAGACCUGCUGAAUGGCCCACAGGACCAUGGCUGGUGCGCUGGGUACACAUGUCAAAAAAGACUGUCUCUUUUCCAUACCAUUGUAGCCACAAACAAAUCCUUUGACAUCUAUUUCACUGGUGUGUCCCCGCAAAAACUAAGGCUCAUGAUGCUCAAUGCUGCACCUACUGAGUCUGUCAACUUGGCUAUAUUUUACUCAAAACCUGAGCGUCUGGAUGUCUAUGUGAAUGAUCAGCUGGUUGCACCGAACAACGCUCAGUGGAACACAGACAGAACUGACUACACCUUGCUCAAUCCUACCUAUCCUGGACAAUACGUCCCCACGCUUAAUGGCACGUCUGGCUCCAAUUUCUUUGACCCUGAUUACAAAAUGAUGCAUGUCCUCCUGCGUGGCUCUACUCCUGUCCAGAUCAGCACAUCUCCUUUGCUGUUCAUCUCCUUUAAUCUUCCUGCCAUGACAGAAGAACAGUUUUUUGGGGACCAGCUGGUCAACAAUUUGGCUGUGUUCUUGAAGAUUUCUCCAGGCAUGAUCCGCAUAACCAAGAUUUUGCGGGAGAAUAGCGGGGCACGAAGGCGGAGAAGCGCCACAGGGUUAACAGUACAGGUGGAGAUCAAACAACCUCCCACCAACCAGACAGGCACCAAUAGCACAAGCGACUCAGAUCAGUUCACAGUGUUGAAGAAUGUUGCUAACACUCUGGGUCAGGCUGCUGUAAAUGGCAGUCUGAGUCAGUCCAUUGGCUUCAACGUGUCCACUGUGGGUGUCAUUCUUCCAUCUCCACCACCUAGUGACCCAGCCUGGAGCGAGGUGGCGAGUCAGGUGGUGACACGUGAGGAUCCGCCUGUGCAGACUGUGAGCAGUGUGUCUACUCUAAAGGUGGUGGUGGAGCCAGUGGCAGGGUUUUACCCUGGUCUCCUCAGUGUACAGCCUGGAAUUAUGGCCUUGGACCAGCAGGGUGACUGUGUAUCAGUUGGGGUGACAUCUCUAACGAUUUCAGCCAUGCUUAAAGAUGUUCAGGGAAACGCAGUAGGCGGCUUGUCGGGAAACACAACCAUCCCCUUCCAGGACUGCUGGGCAAAUUACACUGACCUGGCCAUUAAUACCACUGGGAUGAACAUGACACUGGUUUUUACAUUGAAUGAAUGGAAAACACAAUCCAGAUCCUUCACAGUCAACUCUCCAACCACACCAUUUACCACUCGAUCUACCACACAAUCCACUACAGUGAGGACCACCAAAGAAAAUCAUAACAGCAUCUUUGACUCCAGUAUCAUCUUCACAGCACACACUGUGUAUAUAAUAAUGCUACUGAGCGUUCUGCAACUUAUCUACAUUGUGGUUUUAGAGAACUAGUGAAGAAAAUACUAACCUCGUUGAUAAAUGUCUAGAAGACGACUAUUCUUCAGCAAAAUCUCAAGAAAUUUCUCUUUUUUUUUUUUAUUUUCCUACAUUGCUAAAAUACUAAAAUUGCAUCAAUCUCUUGUUGUAUUGCUUUAAUACCAUUCAUGGAUAAUUAUGCUGAAUAUAUGUAACCAAUUAAUGAUUUAUUAAU